CGGGUCAUGGUUAGGGGGCGUUUUGUUUCACCCGGUGGUUGAGUUAUUGGUAAACACUAUAUGCGUGGACAGUGUAGCGGGUACUUUUCCCCUUGAGGUAUACCCCGAAGGGCUUAGGAAGGUGAUUUCUUGUUGCUGCAUGCUGUCUGCACCAUAAUGGAUGCGCUGGAAUCUUUGACAGAUGAGGUGGCCCUAGAGGGAUUGGAUGGCAUCACUCUGACAUCCCUCUGGUGCCGGCUCGAAACCCGCAACCCGCCAUUCCCCCUUCUACUGGACACAGCUACUAAGCACUUCUUAUGGCGUGCUCUGCAGUGCAACCAUGAGAUUGAGAUCUUUGAGCUACCGGAGGAGAGACCACCACUUUUCUUCCACGACAGUGCUGCUGAUGUUUUUAGGUAUGAAGAAAUUGAUAUUGAAACAGGAAUCCUGGAAACCAAGAGGGAUCCUGCCCCUUUGUUUGACAUUUAUCCCAUUCACAUGGUUCAGGAUAACAAGGAUGGCCUUCAGGGUUCUUGCCGGUUCUUCAAUGAAAGGGUGAAUAUCUGUAACCAGGUUAGGACAGAAUCGUUUCAGCCACUUUGUACUUAUGAAGAGGCCAUGGAAAGAUGGGGAGACAAACUUGUUGUGGUUGCAUCACAGAUGCUGCGGUACAGAGCUUUGAUAAGCUGGGAAGGUGAUCCAGAAGUAAAACUGCCAGACUAUUCCUACUGUAUUUUGGAACGUCUUGGUCGAGCCAGGUGGCAAGGAGAACUUCAACGGGACCUCCACAGUGGUGCAUUCAAAGUGGAUGCUGGCAAAAUGCAUUACCACCGCAGAGUACUGGAUGCGAAUGGUCUUAUCACACUGCAGUCUCAUGUGAUCCGACUUCCCAAUGGAGUGCAGCAGUAUACCAUUCUCCUGCUUCUCAAGCGUUUUCAUGUUGAUAGGAGGACCAAGUAUGACAUUUUGAUGGAGAGGAUCUCAACAGUGUUGGCAUCUCGGCCCAAUCAAAUGGAAGUGCUGAUCUCUCUCAGAGAGCAUCUUGGCCUCUGUGAAAGGACAUUCAAGAGACUUUAUCAGUAUAUGAUAGCUGCUGGGACAGGAAAAGUGGUAACACUCCCUCUUCAUGAAAUAAACCGGGAAGGAAGGCCAUGCAAGACUAAAAAAGGAACUGACAUCAUGGUGAGAUGUUUAAAACUACUGAAGCCUUAUAAAAGGAAGCAUAUGGAUGAUGAUGACGAUGACGAUGAAGAAGAAAACAGCAAGACAAUUGUACCUGUGGAUAUUAUCUACGAGAGAGACAUGCUGACUCAAGCUUAUGAACUGGUUGCGAGUAAGGGACCUAAAGGAAUGUCCCAGACUGAGAUCCGAUGCUCCAUGAAUGUUGGCAAACUGGAGGCACGUAUGCUUUGUCGUCUUCUAGAACGCUACAAAGUUGUGAAGGGUCUUAUGGAAGAUGAAGGUCGUCAGCGGACAACAAAAUACAUUGCACACAUUUUUGUUGAAGACAGCGAGUUAAAUCGACAACUUGAAAAGGAGAAAGCAAGAAGUGAGCAGCUUGCAACAGACAGCUUUGUAUCAGCUGAGCCCCUACCUGAAGAGAGGUUCUACAUUGUCCAGAGUACGCCAGCACCACCUUUGCCUAUUGAUGAGGAAGCUGUAGAUGCUUCAUACUCUGAAUCAGAGGAAGAUGAAGAAUACAAGCCUAAGAGAAAAAGAAAAAGGAAACUUAAGGUGAAUGCUGCAGCUCUGCUUAAUAAAAGCAAGCUAAAGAAAAGUCCUUUCCAGUCAACUCCUCAAAAAGGAAAGAAAAUUAGUUCCCCAAAGCGUCUUGUAAUUAGAAAACAUUCUGCAUCAGACCUUCCGGAGGAGCCUGAAGAGUAUUCUGGAAUUCUAACAGAAACAGAGUCCAGCUCAGAUGCUUUCCCAUCAAAUUCAAACAUCUUCUCUUGUCCAACGGAAGAGGAAAUCACGGUUAUUGAAGAAGUUAGAAUGGAAAAGCCAAAGGUGGAGUUUGUUGUGCACCCUUCUGUCCUCCCUACUGAUCCGCUGGUGAAAAGUGCUAUUGAGCAAGUUCGGUUCCGUAUCUCCAGCUCAUAUACCGCUCACAGGCUCAAAGUAGCCCAGGCUCAGGCUCAGGCGCUGGCACACCAAGCACAGGUGGAAAGUGAAUGUGAAAACCUCUUCAAGGAUGACUGCUCUUUUUCAGGAGAAAAAAAUGAAAAAUCCUCUCAUCAGUCUGAAAAUCGAUUGACUAACAAAACAGAUGAGAAGAUGGGCAUCACACCAUUAAAAAAUUAUAAGCCUGCCAUAGUUGCUGGGCUGGGCCGUUCUCGGGGCUUUUUGCCAAAACUUCCUCGAUUAAGACUACUUCAUAUAUUCUUGUUUUACAUCAUUUAUGGACACCCAAUGAGGAAACGUCAAUGUAAGACAAAAAAAACACCAGUAAUAAACUCUGAUGGAGGACAGGAAGAAGGAAACACAGAAUCAAAUACAGGCACCUAUACACAGGACAAUGCAACAGAUACAGAGCAGAAUGAAGAGGACUCUCUAUUGAGUACUGAAGCCGAGCAGAUCUUUUCCACUGAAAUGGAGUUUGUGAAUGAAGUAUCCUGGAAAAAAUGGGUUCCUCCAUGUCUCAUCCAUAAGGAGUUCGGAUUUGGCUGGGCUCUUGUUAGUGAUAUACUUCUCUGCUUGCCACUGUCGAUUUUCAUCCAGAUUAUACAAGUCAGCUACAAGGUUGACUGCCUUGAUGAAUUUUUAACUGAUCCCCUGAAGAAACAUACUCUGAUAAGGUACUUGCCUACACCAAUGCGACAGCAGCUCCUUUAUAAAAGGAAGUAUAUCUUUUCUGUGAUCGAGAAUCUUCAUCGACUAUGUUUUAUGGGAUUGGUGCAGUUUGGGCCAACUGAAAAAUACCAAGACAAAGAUCAGGUGUUUAUUUACUUGAAGAGGAAUGCCACUGUUGUUGACACCAGUACAUGUGAACCCCAUUAUAACCUUGCUCGAAGCAGUCGCCCAUUCGAUAAGCGUUUUUAUCACUUUGGUACUGUGCAGGAUGUGGAACACUUUUGGUUUGAUCUUCAGUGGGUUUGCUUGAAUACACCAUUAGGUAUUGUCCGGGGAAAUCGAAGGAAAAAUAACCGUCAAAAAACUCAGCAGGAUGGUGAUGAAACUGAAGUUACAGAAGCAAUGGAGGCAGAGACAGAAGUAAAUAAACACAAAUUGGAGCGCAACUGUGCCCUGCUGGAGUAUAGCAAGGGUAGUCGUGAAGUAGUGGAUGAUGGAUCAAUUCCUGGAGAUGGAAUGGGAGCUGCUGGGGUUGAUUCUGGAUUUUUUGGACAUCUCAAACGAAACUGGAUCUGGACAAGUUACAUCAUCAACAGAAAUAAGCAAGGAGAUGCACCAUCUGAGCCAGUGUCUACGGUGAGACUCCACACAUUCCUGAAUAAACAUUCCCUACCAAUGUCAUCCGGCAAUAGGUUUAAUCUCUCAGAAGAAGCAAACUCAGCUGGUGAUUUUAUAUUACGGAAGGAUGAGGACAUUCAGAUGCAACAAGAAAGACUGUCUGACAGGAGGAAUCAGGUUAUUGGUGGGAAAAACCAAAAGAGAAAGCGACCCAAGAAUGAAACUACAAAAAAGGAAAAAACGAAGAAAAAGAAAGUUAAGACAGUACAAGAGAUAAAAAAAAGGAGACCAAAGUUUCACGAUGAGACUGACAAGAAUGCACUGGAAAGAAUGACCCGUCGGAGGGUAAUGUGGACUACCCAAGAGGAUGGACUGUUGAUGCUUUGCCGUAUAGCUAGUUCUGUACUCAACAAAAAAGUGAAAGGACCAUUUGUGUCAUGGCAAGUUGUAAGAGACAUUAUGCAUAGCAACUUUGAAGAGUGUUUAGAUAAAACAUCACAUGCUGUGGGGCGCAGAUCCCGUUACAUCAUCAAGAAUCCACAGACUUAUCUCAACUAUAGGGUCUGCCUUGCAGAAGUCUAUCAAGAUAAACAAUUGAUAGAGGAGUUCUUAAGCAGAAAAAGUGACUACCAGAAUCCCAAGAUCUGUGCUGAAGAGUAUAAGGAACUUGUAGAAAGACUCCGAAAGAAGUUCAGCUCAACACUUGGAGAUCCAAAUCUUGAAAUACCAGACACAGUCCAGGAAUUGUUUAAAAGAUUUAGGGUUUUGGCUAUUGGAGAAGAAACUACUGAAGAAAUGAAAGUAGACAAAGUGGAAUGUAUAGAAGACAUUCAUAUCAUAGUGUUACAUAACCUGAUCCAGAGCACGUUGGCCCUUUCUGAUACACAGAUGAAAGUUUGCCAGUCUCUACAGACAUUUCACUUGUAUAGAGAGUUCAGAGAUGACAUACUCAUGGAGGCUUUUCAGGAGUGGCAAAAACUUUGCCUGGUAAAUCGACGAAGAGGGAAUGCUUCCCUGGCGGUGAAAAAAAAUCGUGCUCUGCCUUUUGCUCCUAUGUCUUACCAGUUAUCUCAGAGCUAUUAUAAGUUGUUUACUUGGCGUUUUCCCAAUACAAUUUGUAGUGAAUCAUACCAAUUCUUGAAAAAGGUUGUAGAGACUGGCAUGGAGGACUGUGUCAACACAUUCUCAUUUCAGAACCAGGAGCCUGUCACUAAUUCAGAAAUGAUUAGCUAUCCAGUGGAGGGGUCUGGCGGCACCUGUAUUGCAACACUUUCACUGCUGAUGCUGGGUCUUCUCUCUGUGGAUGUGCGGAUCCCAGAACAGAUUGUGGUGGUGGAUAGCACCUUGGUCGAUAAUGAAAUCAUAAAGAGUUUAACAAAGGAGGGUUUGGAUGAUGAUGAUGAGGAUGAUGAAGAUGAUGAGGAAGGCUCCAGUAAGAGAAAGAUAGAGGUGAAAGCACGCCAGGCAUCUCAUACCAACUACCUACUGAUGAAAGGUUUUUAUGUACCUGGAAUUGUAAGCAUUCGCAACAUCAACUCUACUGAUAACAUUGUCGUCAACUCCUGCCAGGUUAAAAUUAAACUCCGCUGCACACCAGCUCGGAGUCACUUUUCAAGUUCAGAUGCACCAUAUUUUCCAAAUUCCAUCAUUCCUCCAAGCUUCACUAGAUUUAUCAAGAUUAAUAGACAGAUCUACAACUUGGACAACUUCAAAGAACACUGCAUCAGCCUUCGCGGCUAUAACUCUUGUGAUCUCUCUGCAGUGCUGGAAAUCCGUAAUGCCAUUGAAGAGUAUUCUUAUUUUGGCAUGGAAGAGGCCAUGCUAUCAAGGCAGUUUUGCAACUUAGAGAAACAUGACAGCACAAGGACAAGGUCUUUAAAACAUUACAUUCAGGAUUUGGUAGACCUGGAACAAGUUCUGAGAGUCGGGUCUAAUACUGUGAGAUAUGUUGCAUUAAUAUAUGCAAAACCGUGGUUGCUGCAUUAUGUUAAUUUAAGGUACAGUACAAAGCAUUUUUUUAAGGAAUACAUUUUAAAUUCUGAAGGACAAGCUUCAUCUUCGGCUCAGAAUCAAGAGGUGGAGGUUGCUCAGGAUAACCCUGCUGAAUCUUUGGUAUCAAGCAUGGAAACUCCAUUGUCAUCUGUAAUAGAAAGAGAGAGAAGCAGUUCACAGAGUGUAGAAGCGGAACAGGUAGAUAGUGACCAGAGUGUUAUAGACAUUGAGCAGACUGUGAAGCAAUCUCAUGAAGAUAUUGACUCUGAGUCCGAGUCCAGAAGGCCUCCUAAAAAGAAAGUUUUACAAGGCCAAGGCUUGCCUACAUCACCAAGAACUCUAAGUUGUGACUCAGAUGUUGCUCUGCAGUCUGUAUUGAAAAGAACAGAAAUUUGCGAUCAGCUGGAGCCAGAGACUUCUGACAAGCUUCAGGACAAGGGUCAAGACAGCCAACAACAGAGUCUUCUAGAAGAAACAGAAAGCUUUUCAGAAAAAGAUUCUCAGGAAAAUACUUCCUCAACAGAUGCGUCACUCAAGGAUAGUAUCCUGCCAUCAAGUGACAGGACUGAUGUCCCUGAAACUGUGUUCUUCAUAAGUCGUCCAUGGAGAAUGGUGGAUGGACAGCUUAACAGGCCAGUUUGUAAAGGAAUGAUGGAAGCAGUGCUGUAUCACAUCAUGACUAAACCAGGUGUCACAGAACUAAGUCUCUUAAAACACUAUAGUUGUGUCCUUCAACCCUCUGCUGUUUUGGAAUUAUUAGAGGCACUAGAAAAAUUUGGAUGCGUUACGAAACAUUACAUCCAAAAAACAGCAAAAGUUUCUUUGUUUUCAUCAACCACCUAUGGAGAAGAGAAUAGGAACCCAGAAAAGAAUGAAAAUUGUUCUGCUUUUUAUGAACCCACAGUAGACUGUACUCUGAAGCUUGGUAAAGUGUUUCCAUCUGAGCAAAACUGGAAUAAGUGGGUACAGUUUAUUCACUCAUGAGAGUAAACUGUUCUGUUACAUAGUGCAUACUCCUGCAGAGUAAUGGAUGUAUAGUAUUUUAGACAUUGAGAAUUUUUUGUUAUUUUAUUUAUGGACCAUUGUAUUGAAAAUGUUCUUUCUGUAUGCUGAUGUGAUCAUUGUAGGUAGAAAUGAACCACAUUUGUAUAGAACAGUUACUAUUUUGUGUUAUUCAUUAAAUUUUCUGUGCAACAGCAGAAAUGUAAGCAACCAGAUCAUUUACAUGGCAUCUGAAAAGUGUUUUUCUUUUUAUAAUUUUUGUUAAUAAAAUUCAGAUUUUUUACAAA